AUGUUUACAAUCAGGUUUGAGUUGUCUCUUAGACAAGAUUCUCUUGAGUAUCAAUCAAAAGCCAACAAAAUAUUUCAGAAAUUGCUAAAUCUAAAAAAAAUCAUAUCUAGCCUAGCUCUAUUUUCGGUUAAUGAAUCUCUCGAAGAGUUAAAUACAAAUUACAUCAAGUUUUUGUCUGUUGACUAUUAUCUUGCUUUAUUGGCAUCAAAGAAGUUUGACAAAGACAAUCCUCAAGCUUUCACUUUAAAGGUAAACAGCUUAAAGUUGUCAAAAUAUUUGUAUCUUCAGUUUCUAAAAACCCUCGAUAACUAUUCAAUCUUAAACAAGGAUUUACUUCAAAAACUAAAAGCAUUUCAAAGCACUGAGAAUGACGAGAGUUCUGAUGAUAAUAACGAUAGCGAGUUUAAAAAUACCAUAUUCACCAAUACAAAUCCUAUGUCAAGAAGAGAAGAAAAGAUUAAAUUUUUUAAAUAUGAAAAUUCAAUUAAUGACCAGCUAAAAUAUUAUGAAAACAAAUACAAAAAUUUAAAUGAAAAUGACAUCGAUGAAGAAAUUUUGAGAGAACUCCAUUUAACUAGAAUAAAUCUUUUAGUUGUUAAAGCAUUCAAAGAUCUAGAGAAUAUUCAAAUGGAAUUGCAACUUUUGUCCAAUAGAUCAAUUCCUGCACCUAAAAUUCAGUCAGUGGGAAAAGAAAAUACUAAUCAAACAAAAGAUCAAAAGUAUGCGAGCAAAGACAAUAAAAGCAAUAUACUAUCGGAGGAAAACAAUUAUGGUUAUACUGAGAAUUUGGAAACUUUAAAUAAAUCAAUAUUAUCAAAAGAAGGCAAAGUUUUGAGGCCAUUCACUCUUUACUCCAAAAAGGAUCAAUUAAGGAAAAAGGUAUUUGGCACUGGUCAAGAGCUACCAACAAUGUCAAUUGAAGAAUAUCUUGAUGAAGAAAUGAAAAGAGGUGGAAUAGUUAAACAAUCCAUAACUGGAAAUGAAAGUGAUUCAGAGUCUGAUGAUGAAGAAAAAGAUAAUUACGAUGAAGUUGGUGUUUAUAAGAAAAGAGAAUGGGAUGAUUUUACUGACACCCACAAAAAAGGUAGUGGUAAUACAAUGAAUAUGGGGUAA